CAGAAUAUGCCCUAGCACUAGAAGUACUCCUGGGUCCAACAUAAAAGAAGCCUCACAGCCUCAUCCAGGCAAGUUGGGUGUGGUGGACGGACAAACUCACCUGGGAGGAAAGGAGAAGAAGCAAGUGAGCAAGCAAGCAAGAGAGAAAAGAAUCUGAAUUGGUGAUUGAGAUUAUUAAAGAAGCCUUUUGCAAGGUUCAUAAUAGCUAGUCUCAUGUGAAUGCCAGAAUAAAAAAAAAGAGAGAGAAGUGAAAGAGACAGAAGUGUGCUGACAAGCCAGCUAGGAGCUCCCACAAAACCGUACAGCUGGCACAAGAAACAGAGCGUGCGUCAGCAAAGAAGGAAAUGGAACCUGAGUGUCAGCAAGAAGAGGCCAGGGUUUUCAGAUGAGAAGUGCACAGUGAAGAAUCCCAAAAGUUUGGAAAAGGGGAACAUGCUGCACUGUCCCUUCCAAGCCGUGAUAGAUGUCACUGCACAACAAGACAUUUUAUAAUACGACUACUACUCCUGCAACACUAUCUAAUGGCACAGAGAAACACAGCAUGAAUGGUCAUUUUCAGUUAUACCUAUUUGGCGCUUUCGGGAUUGCCACAGUCCUGGCAAUAGCCCUGCUCUUCGUACUGUACUGUAAAAAGUACCGGCAUUUAUACCAAGAGCUAAAACAGCUCCAACAUGCCAACAAACUCACUCAAGUUUCCAACGACAUGUCCCAUGAAAAUGUGCCGGAUGCCUCUGUGCAUUGCAUGCGUUACCAGGUUGAGAUGGAAUCUAUAACAAGUGGCACCUUACACAGGGAAACAGAGCCACAUUACAACAGAUCUGUGUGGAAGCCUCCAGCAAUGGCUCCAAGGUUCACAGUAAAUGACCUCUCCUUGCUCCAAAUCGUAAAGGCUGGGAAGCUGGCACUGUUUUACAAAGGGAAGCUGAGUCGGGGAACAUGCAAAGGACAUAAAUUCACCACCUGCAAGAUCUUCAAAGAAGGAGUCUCCUUGAAGACAGUAGAAAAUGAGAUUGCAAUCAUGAAGAAGCUAGGACAUCACCAUAAUAUACUACAGCUGCUGGACUGGAAUACCUCCAGAGAGCCCUAUGUUUUUCUAAUGGAGUUUGUAAACCAAGGCACACUGAAGAGUUUCCUCCAGCGGUACAAGGAGCCACUGAGUUCCAGCAAAGAUUCCCAGCACUUGCUCAUGGUGGCAGCCUACCACAUUGCACUAGCAAUGGAAUACGUUCGCUCCAAAAUGGUGGUUCAUGGUGAUCUGGCCUUAAGAAACAUCCUUGUUGGCCGCUUUCCUCAAGAGUGCAAGAUCACUGAGUUUGGACUGGCCAAAAACUUCUCUCGCAUGAAGAGCCGGCGAAGCAGCCACAAGAGGCAAAAUAUGGACCAGGUGCCUCUUCGGUGGUACCCUCCAGAGUAUUUCAAACACAACUACUACAGUUUCAAGGGGGAUAUCUGGGCCUUUGGCAUCUUUCUUUGGGAACUGCAUACAUAUGGCUGUCUACCUUAUGACCAUCUGCACACGUCAGAGGACGUGGUAUUCCACGUCUGUUCUGGAUACCGGUUGAAGAAUCCUGAAAACUGUAAAGCUGAAGUCUUUCAGAUAAUGCAGGAAUGCUGGAUCACGUCCCCAACUCUACGCCCCACCUUCUCUAGUAUAGUCAAGACUUUGGAGGACAUCCUGGAGAUGGAAGCAGACUAUGUGAAGGUGGACAACAUGCCGAUGGAAGAUGAUAUGGAAGACUUGGAUUCAUAGACCAGAGAGCAAACAAUGGGGACCACUCUGCUUGUGUUGGGAAUGCACGAGGCUUUGAAAGGUCAAGUGCUGGCAAUGAGUCAAAAGACUGCAGUCGCUCUGGACAUGGGCCACCACCAGACUUUAUCGCAGUAACAGCGUGAGAUUUCAGUGCACCACUUAAAAACUGUUGACUCGCUCCUCAAAAUUAGGAAUUCAUACCUGUUCAUUACAGUGAACAACAAGAUGCAUUGUAUGCACUCUUUGUGAAAUCCAAAUGGUAUAGUCUCACUUUUUGUUGAUCCUUGGUCAGUGGCUACCUAUCUUCUCUUCACUCUGACCGAGUCCCUGACCGUAAGUAGCCAGUUGAUGUCAUUUUAUUCUUAUUUCAAUUGCUGUACCUUACUCUUUGUCCACCAGUCUGCUACAAAUGUCACAAGUCAAAUAUUUUAAAAAGAGACAUUUAUUUGCUUUCCUACAAAUGGAACAAAUCAACUGGAUAUUGGGGCUGAACGUACAGUGACAUAAGCUGAAAAAGCAUAGGCAGAAGUGUGAAUUCAACCAGGCACCCAUAUUUUCACAUGAUUUUCAUUCUCAGAUUUUGGCAGUGAUGUUAACACUGAGGCCCUUAAACUGUCUGUUAACACUUGUGGCUUAUUUUAAAGGUGUUUGUCAGUUGUGAUUGCACUUGGAACUGUACAUGAAAUCAAAACUGCAUAAACAGUCAGAACUGUAUCCCACUUGUAUUAUGAGACCCCAUCUAGCUUGAACUGACUAAGUCAUUUGCACAUUUAAAGAAUAAAACAUCUAUCCAAAAAUGAA